AUGCUAGAGAAGCUCCCCCACGCCUUCUGGCAGCAAAUCUUUGCCCAGCAUACCUCCAAAGAGAGCUGCUGGGUCAUCCUCUACGGCAAUGUCUACGACGUAACGGACUUCCUCUCAGAACACCCCGGCGGCUCCAAGAUCAUCCUCAAGCUCGCUGGAAAAGACGCAACCGAAGAAUAUGACCCCGUCCAUCCUCCCGGAACCAUCGAGGAGAACCUCAAGCCCGAGGCAAGACUGGGCCGCAUCAACGCAGACAGUCUGGCUCGCUCAAAUUCGGCAGCCGGCAACGACAAUGCGUCCUCCGGCUCCUCAUCACAAACCCCAGCAACCGCCCAGACCUCGAGCCAGAACACAGCGGUGGAGAAGUACGUCCGGCCACCACUAGACCACCUCCUCAACCUGGACGAGAUAGCCGAUGCCGCCCAACGGCUCGUCAGCGAUAAGUGCAAGGCAUAUUACUACUCCGCGUCCGACGACCUCUUCUCCAAGUCCUACAAUAACACCGUCUACCGCAAUAUCCUGCUGCGCCCACGCGUUUUCGUCGACUGCACGGCGUGCGACACCUCGACCAGCAUCCUGGGCCAGCUGGGUGUCAAGACGCCCGUAUUCGUGUGCCCAGCGGCCAUGGCGCGGCUGGCGCACCCGGACGGCGAGGCGGGCAUCGCCAAGGCGGCGGGCUACUUCGGCGCAUGCCAGGUGGUGUCCAACAACGCGAGCCAGACGCCCGAGCAGAUCGUGGCCGAGGCGCAGGAGGGCCAGGUUUUCGGCUGGCAGCUGUACGUGCAGAACGAGCGGAAGAAGAGCGAGGCCAUGCUGGCACGCAUCAAGAAGUUGAACAAAUUCUACAAGUUCAUCGUCCUGACCCUCGAUGCCCCGGUGCCCGGCAAGCGCGAGAUGGACGAGCGCCAAGGCCUGGCGGACAGCGGCGCCCCUGCCGAGAGCCAGGUCGACUACCCUGCCAUCGGCGGCAAGAAGGACGCCGGCCCCGUUGGCGUCGGCCAGGCCAUGUUCUGGGGCACCGCUGCGGACCUGACCUGGAAGACGACGCUGCCCUGGCUCAAAGAGCACGCCCCCGAGUUCCCCGUCGUGCUCAAGGGCGUGCAGACCCACGAGGACGUCUUCCUGGCUUACAAGUACGCCCGUGAGAACCCCGGCACCUUGCGCGCCGUCAUCCUGAGCAACCAUGGCGGGCGGGCGCUGGAUACGGCCCCUCCUGCGGUGCACACCCUGCUCGAGUGCCGGAAGUACUGUCCCGAGGUGCUGGACAGCAAGGAUUUUGAGGUCUGGGUCGACGGAGGCAUUCGAAGAGGCACGGAUGUGGUCAAGGCGCUGUGUCUGGGUGCGAGGGCGGUGGGUAUUGGGCGUGCGCCACUCUGGGGACUGGGUGCUGGUGGAUGGCAGGGCGUCUACCGCACAUUCGAGAUCCUUCAGGCCGAGAUGGAAACGUGCAUGAGGCUGCUUGGGGCCAAGAGCAUCGAUGAGUUGGGCCCAAGAUUCAUAAAUUCACGAGUGGUCGAAAGAGAUAUAUACGAUGGCGAGCCGGGACUAGACAAGAACGGACUGUGGGAGAAGGCCGCGUCGGUCGUCAGGUCGAAACUGUAG